CGCCGUGCGCGCACCCGCCGCACCCCGCACCUGCGCGCAGGACGCAGGCCCCGCCCCGCGCGCCCGCUGCAGCCCAGCCCGGGCGGAGCCCCCCGCGGACAGGGAGGCCGCCAGGUGCGCUGCGGGAGAGGAUGAAGCAGGCCCUGGUGGACGACACCGAGGAUGUGUCCCUGGACUUCGGCAACGAGGAGGAGCAGGCGUUCCAGAAAGCCAGGAUCAGGCACCCGCUGGCCGCCUUCUUCCACCUGUUCUUCCGCGUGAGCGCCACCGUCACCUACGUGGGCUGCGACUGGCUCAGCAGGAGCUUCGUGGGCUGCUUCGUCACCGUGCUGCUCCUCCUCUCCCUCGACUUCUGGUCCGUGAAGAACGUCACCGGGAGGGUCCUGGUGGGGCUCCGCUGGUGGAACCAGAUCGACGAAGACGGCAAGAGCCACUGGGUCUUCGAGGCCAGGAAGGCCUCUCCACACCACUCGGCCCCCACCGAGGCCGAGGUGCGCGUCUUCUGGCUCGGCCUCGUCAUCUGCCCGCUCAUCUGGGUGGUCUUCUUCUUCAGCACCCUGUUCUCCCUGCGGCUCAAGUGGCUGGCGCUGGUGAUCGCCGGGAUCUCCCUGCAGGCUGCGAACCUCUACGGCUACGUCCUCUGCAAGCUGGGGGACGACAGCGACGUCGGCCGGGUCACAGCCGCCCUGCUGUCCCCGACAGUGUUCCGCACGGCGACCCCCUGAGCACGUCCCCGACCCGCAGCCUGCACGGGCUUCGUCCCUGCGUGCCCGUGGCUGACCACCCACCCGGGCAUCUCCCAUCUCUCUAAAUAUCUGCAAAAUCGUGA